GCUCGCUUAUAAACACGCUCAUUGUAUAAUGCUCGUGUGUUUCAGUGUCUGUGUGCGGAUGAGUGAAUAUGAAGCUGCUGUGUGUGUGUUGUGGAGCUUUAAUUGGGUGUCGAUCUGCUGCUGCUGCUUCAUUCUGCUUCAAUCCAGAUGUUUCUCCUCCCAUCUGCUUUCACUCAUUCACCCUAAACCUUACUAAACGACAUCUGUCUGGGUCUGAAUAGCGUUCACGAACAUCGUCUGUGAGACCAAACAGCGGGAAACGCGAUGAAAACGGUGUUUAAUCGAAGCGCCGCGUCAUUUUCUCUCGAAGCAGGUGUUGCUAAGCGGCUAGCGUUAGCAUCGUGAGAACGAAUGGAGCGAUUGUUUACUACUUCGCCUUCAAAAUCACAUCGUUCUGGAUGCUUUUUCAUGUUUUUAGUCGUUAAACGCGCUUUAGUUGUGUUUAACAUGCAUAUCCAAGUAAUUUCAGUAGCUGGGUGCUGCAUUAUCUUUAACCUCUGACGCUCGUUUGUAAUGAAAGCGAACGGAUUUUCUCCUCACCGAAGUGUUUGUGUAUUUGUUUUCUUCUGAUAAAUGCUGCUGGAGGAUUUAAAGUGUGCUUCUGUGUAAUAUAAUGUCGCACAUGUAGAUUAUCUGUCUGUCUUCUAUUGUUAUAAAGCUGCUAAGCUAUUGGCCCUCAGCCCUCUGGGGCCGCGUCUCAAAACCCAGUGUGCUCCCUACAUAGUGCUCCCUACAUGGUGCUCCAGAGGCAUCCUUGGACAAAAACAAGUGGGCUGGCUAUCUUAAACCUCAUUUUUUGAGCAGCUGUCUCUGUCUAGAUCUGGUUAUUUGCACAUUCAUUGACUUAUUCGUGUCUAUGUCACUGGUUGGACCAAAACAUCUUUUGAUAUUAUGAUUUGUAGUUAUCUAGUUGUUUGGCUUUAUGCUUCUUACAUUGGAUAAAUGAGGAAAUGCAGGGAAGCUCACGGGAUUAAAGGUGCAUCCCAAAUCAUAUUCCUGAUUAAUGCUGUUCAGUCGCUCCACUCUUUUUUAUUUUAGCAUCAUUAAUUAUUUUUCAGAAUACAAAUGUCCUGAUGAUUUAUUUACUCGUCCAAGAUGUUCAUGUCUUUUUCGUUUUCAGUCUGUGUUUGAGGAAAACAUUCCAGGAUUUUUCUCCAUAUAAUGGACUUCAAUGGGAACCAGCGGGUUGAAGGCGCCAUGCAGACCCCAGAGGCAGGCGCGGACUCCACGUCCAGCGUGCCGCUCCAGACCAGCGUGCCUGCGGUCAGUGCCCAGCAGGGGGCGUCUCAGGUGCCCGUCCAGCAACAGGCGCAGACUGUUCAACAGGUCCAGCAUGUGUAUCAAACACAGGUGCAGUACGUUCAGGAGGAAAACAACGCCGUUUACACCAACGGGACCAUACGGACGUAUUCAUACUCAGAACCACAGCUGUACAACCAGAACAGCGGCGGGAACUACUUCGACACGCAGGGCAGCUCGGCUCAGGUGAGCUCUCACAGUUUGACCAACAACGGGAACGGUGCUCUGGCCAUGGGGCUGUCAGGAGGACAGAUCAUCAGCAGCUCAGGAGCCUAUCUGAUUGGAGGAAACUCCAUGGAUGGCUCCGCCCCUCACAGCACGGCUCAGACCACUAGAGCCUCCCCCGCCACGAUUGAAAUGGCGAUUGAGACGCUCCAAAAGUCUGAAGGUUUGUCCAGUCAGAGAAGUUCGCUGCUCAACAGCCAUCUGCAAUGGCUCCUGGAUAAUUACGAGACAGCGGAGGGCGUGAGUCUGCCACGCUCCACUCUCUACAAUCACUACCUGCGCCACUGUCAGGAGCAGAAGCUGGAUCCGGUCAACGCUGCGUCUUUCGGGAAGCUCAUCCGCUCCAUCUUCAUGGGGCUGCGCACACGCCGCUUGGGCACCCGAGGGAACUCUAAAUAUCACUAUUAUGGGAUUCGUGUGAAGCCGGAUUCUCCUCUGAACCGGUUGCAGGAGGACAUGCAGUACAUGGCAUUGAGACAGCAGCCCGUCCAGCAGAAGCAGAGAUUCAAGCCAGUACAGAAGUUGGAUGGCGUUUCGGGGAGAACUUCUCCACCGGGGGGGCAGCACACACCUAACGCUGCGGAGCAGACGUUCAUCGCUCAAAGCCAGCACCAUCAGCAGUUCCUGGAUGGGUCCAGAGCUCUGCCAGAGUUCGUCGAACUUGACCUCGGAGAGCCUGUGGAAGGCGUCGGACCCGAAGACGUCAAAGCCCUUCAGACGCUGUACAGAGAGCACUGCGAGGCCAUUUUGGACGUAGUGGUGAACCUUCAGUUCAAUCUCAUCGAGAACCUGUGGCAGACUUUCUGGCGCUAUUCUCCCUCCAGCUCCGUGGAGGGCGUCACCAUCACUGAAAACAGGUGUGUCACUCGUUACGUUCCUCUUUGGUGCUUCUACAAGUUUAUAUUAGAUUGAA